ACCUGGGCUCCACCGGCCAUGCCGCCGCCGCCGCCGCUGCCGGACGAGCUCCUCGAGGAGAUCCUCCUCCGCCUCCCGCCAGAAGAUCCCGGCUGCCUCUUCCGCGCCUCUCUCGUCUGCAAGCCCUGGCGCAGCCGCCUCACCGGCUCCGCCUUCCCCCGCCUCUACCGCGAGUUCCACCGGACGCCUCCCUUGCUGGGAUUCUUCGAGAACGACGAUACGGUAUUCUGCUGGUUCACUCCCUUGUCCCCCACCUCCCCCUUCCUCCCCGUUCACCCCGACCACCGCAAUCUCUUCGUUCUCGACUCUCGCCACGGCCGUGUCCUCUUGAAUUCUGUCGGCCCGGACGGCGAACCCCUGGACCUCAUUGUGUGGGACCCCGUUGGCCGCCGCAAGUGGGAAUUGCCCUACCCGGCGUUCGCGGACUGGGUAACCGUCCCAGACAAUGCGGCGGUGCUCUGCGCCGUCGAUGGCUGCGACCACCUUGACUGCCAUGGAGGCCCCUUCCUCGUGGUCUACGUGGGCACUGAUGAAGACGGGGUCGCGCACGCUUGCGUCUACUCUUCAGAUUCUUGUGCCUGGAGCCCAGUGACAUCUUGUGAGCACCCUGAAUCCUUCCUCGAAGUCAUUAUCUGCUGGCCCAAAGCUCAUGUGGGAAAUGCUGUCUAUUUCCCGUGCACUUCAAGCACGAUUAUCCUGCGGUAUGACUUGUCCACCCAGGAACUAUCAAUGAUUACCUGGCCGGCCAUGUACAAGUGGCAGAACGCCAAUCAUAUCCUUAUGAGGACGGAAGACGGUGUGCUGGGAUGUGCCAGUUUACACGAGUCCAGGCUCGAACUAUGGUCGAUGGAGUCUCACACAGAUGGAACUGUGAAGUGGGUGCUAAGCAGAGUUGUGGAGCUCGAGAACUGGCUACCAUCUCGCCCCACUCAUGUCACUAGGUUCGUGGAUGGAGUUGGUAUAUGUUUUGUGCGGACAAAUCUUGGUAUCUUCUCAGUUGAGCUUAAGUCAGGCCGAGUUAAGAAGAUAUCCAACAGCAUGGUCCAAGUCAUUCCCUACAUGAGUUUCUACACUCCAGAUCAAUCUGGGGGUAUAAAGCCUCCAUCUACCCUGGCCUCCUCCUCAGAGAUCGUUGAGACGACCGGAGGUGAGCAACAUGAUUUGCUGCUGCAGCACUCAAGUGGGGAGGUGGGAGAUGUGAAGGAGAAAUGGGUAGACAAGGGAGAAAAGGAUUGCGAAUGGAAGGAGGGCGGGUGGCAUGAGGAGGGCUCGGUGGAGGAUUGGGAAUGGAAGGGUGAGAAAGAUGCGCAAGAGCUGUUUGAGAAGGGGUCCAAGGCCAUCGAGGAGGGGCAUUUUGUCGACGCCAAGGAUUUUUUGCAUCGUGCCCUCAAGAGCUGGGUGCUCUAUUGUGGGAGACUUUCUCCAAUGUGUGUUAGCGCAUAUUACAAAUAUGGAAUUGCUUUGCUGCGCAAAUCUCAAGCGAAGAUUGCACCACAUCAUCAACACGUAGUUGAGAGUUCAGCCAUCAGGGAUAAUACUGGAAGCUCAAAGGCCUCUGGUAGCAAUGUUAGGGAAGGUGAUACUGGAAAAGAUUUGGAUCUGGCCUGGAAAAUGUUAAAUAUUGCGAGGGCAAUUCUUGAGAAGAGUCCUUGCAUUCCUAUGGAGAAAGUUCUAACCUUUUGUGCUCUUGCUGAAGUCUCUAUGGAAAGAGAAGACAUAGACUACUCACUCCGUGCUUGCUUCAAAGCUUUAGCCAUCUUGGAGCAUUUGGUUGAGCCUGACCAUUGUCGAAUUGUCUUACUAAACCUCCAGAUAUUUCUGGCUCUGAAGUCGGCAUCCAAGAUUCGGGAUGCGCUCCCAUACGCUCGAAAGGUGUCUUUAUUGUACAAGUCACGUAUGCAGAAACUUAUAAGAGCCAACAAAGCUUUGAUGGCUGUUACAGGCGAUAAUGCAUCAGCUGCAGAAUUUGGUUCAGAAAUGUCCUUGUUGGACAACGAGAUUGAGGUCUUUUGUAGCAUAUCCACUGUACUAGAGGAGAAGGUUAGUAAGUCAGUCUUUCACCUGAUGAACCUACUAGAACAGUAGUAGUGUAUGAAGAACUGAAGACAAAAACAAUUCUCAUUGUUUUGGAGUCAGCUUGAAGAGCUGGUACAAGAAACAUUAGACCCAACCUGAAAGCCAAGUGGUGCGCAUAACCGUGUCAUUGCUGUGUCCAGAGCUACAUCUUUGACUUGAAAAAUUGAUGGACCAAGUAAUUCUAUGUCUACAACCGCUACAAUCGAGACUCCUGGUAGUUCUUGAACCGAUCUUGAGACUGCAGGCCAAGGCAUCAGACAAUCUAAUGUCAAGAAGAUCUCUGCUGAACCUUCUCUCAAGAAACCUAUGGAAGAUUCUUCACCUGUAAAAGGUGAUAGCAGAAACAAGUCAGACGUUUAUCCUGCAGCAUGGGAGGGCGAGUCUCUAUCAGAGUAGAGUACAGCUUUGCUAGCCUUAUUUGUCGUCAGUAACUUAUGCCUGGAAGUGGAACCUUUUAGCUGGCUAUAUUUUCCCUUUUUUGUAGGAGCUAUAUGGUCCCAUUUACUUGGAUGUAAAUUGCCAACUGUCGUUUUGGUCAGAGCUGCAUAAUAGAGAAGAAUCUCUUCAUUUUGGCA